AUGUCCGACGACAUGGAGCAGGUUUUCGCCGAGGCCGUGAAAGCAACUAAAGCCCUCACGAAGCUACCUUAUGUCGACUAUGCCCACCGACUGCACAGCAAGGUCCGGGGGGACUUCCAGACCCAUGACCAAGCCCUGCAAGCGCUGGGCACUUUGUCUACGUACUACGAAUAUGACCUCAAGGUGGCGGGUCCCAAAGCCACAUCCACCAAGCUCCAGGAACUUGUUGUCAAGGCGGGCGGGUAUGUCGAGUCAAUCUGGACAGCCAAGGUCAACAAUAAGGGUGACUCGGAUGACAGCUCCGUCAGUUGGAUUGAGAUUGUCGAGAAUGGGCUAAACGAUCGAUGCCAGGUGCAGUUUGCGUUGCACCGGGUUUAG